AUGGCCGUCUACGCCCUCACGGGCUUUUCGCUUGUCAGCCUGCUCAGCUUUGGCUAUUUAUCCUGGGACUGGAUGAAGCCCGGUUUGGUGGCUGACGUGGCCACAGACCCCAUGGAGAAAUCACUGCCACCCGCCUUCACCAGACCACCCCACAUCAUCUUCAUUCUGACCGAUGACCAGGGCUACCACGACGUCGGGUAUCACGGCUCGGAUAUCCAGACACCAACGCUGGACAGGCUGGCAGCGGAGGGUGUUAAGUUGGAGAACUACUACAUCCAGCCCAUCUGCACCCCGUCGCGGAGCCAGCUGAUAACCGGCAGGUACCAGAUCCACACAGGGCUGCAGCACUCCAUCAUCCGCCCUCGACAGCCCAACUGCCUGCCCCUCGACCAGGUCACCCUGCCCCAGAAGCUGCAGGAAGCCGGCUACUCCACCCACAUGGUUGGCAAAUGGCACCUUGGCUUCUACAAGAAGGAGUGCCUGCCCACUCGCCGGGGUUUUGACACCUUCCUGGGCUCCCUGACAGGCAACGUGGACUACUACACCUACGACAACUGCGACGGGCCGGGUGUUUGUGGCUAUGACCUGCACGAAGGGGAGGAUGUGGCUUGGGACCAGAGUGGGAAGUACUCCACCUUUCUCUACGCCCAGCGCGUCAGCAAGAUCCUGGCAUCCCACAGCCCUAAGGAGCCCAUCUUCAUCUACGUGGCCUUCCAAGCGGUCCACACACCUCUGCAGUCGCCCAAGGAGUACAUCUACCGCUACCGCUCCAUGGGCAAUGUCGCUCGCCGGAAGUACGCCGCCAUGGACCUGAAAAAAAAGGUGACCUGCAUGGACGAGGCGGUGAAGAACAUCACCUGGGCCCUCAAGAAGUAUGGGUAUUAUGACAACAGCGUGAUCGUGUUUUCCACUGACAACGGUGGGCAGACCUUCUCUGGGGGAAGCAAUUGGCCGCUACGUGGUCGCAAAGGGACGUACUGGGAAGGUGGAGUCCGUGGCAUCGGUUUUGUCCACAGCCCGCUGAUCAAGCGCAAGCGUCGGACCAGCUGGGCACUGGUUCACAUCACUGACUGGUACCCAACUCUGGUUACCCUGGCCAGGGGCAACCUGAGCAAUGUCCCAGGCUUGGAUGGCUACAAUGUCUGGCCCGCCAUUAGCGAGGGCAAGGAGUCACCACGAACUGAAAUCCUGCACAACAUUGACCCCCUGUACAACCACGCCAAGUAUGGGUCCUUGGAGGAUGGCUUUGGCAUCUGGAACACGGCCGUGCAAGCCUCCAUCCGGGUCAGGGAUUGGAAGCUCCUCACUGGUGACCCAGGGUACAGUGACUGGAUCCCACCACAGACCCUGACCAACUUCCCAGGGAGCUGGUGGAACCUGGAGCGUCUCACCGAUGGCCUGAGGAAGUCUGUGUGGCUUUUCAACAUCACUGCCGACCCCUACGAGCGCUAUGAUCUCUCGGACCAGCGCCCAGAUGUGGUCAGGACCCUCCUCAUGAGGCUGGUGGACUACAACCGGACAGCUAUCCCGGUGCGGUACCCCGCAGAGAACCCCCGGGCUCACCCAGACUUCAAUGGUGGCGCCUGGGGACCUUGGGCCAGCGAAGACGACACGGACGAGUGGGAAGACACCGGGGAGCCCCCGAAGAGUAGGAACAAGAAGAAGAAGUGCAAGAUCUGCAAGCUGCGCUCCUUCUUCCGCAAACUGAACACCAGGCUCAUGUCCAACCGCAUCUGA